AGUUGAACAAACCAAAUGACGGAGUUAGGUUGGAUCAUCGUCGCCCACGUGAUUUUCAUCACCUGCACCAAUAUAAGUGCCGCCGGCCAAUCGGAACCGCAUUACAGGUGGACAACGCUCGACUGGCUGAAGGCCCACAACGUAAGCCAUGAACUGCACAAUGUGACUACCGCGGAUGGCUAUCAGCUCCAGCUGCAACGACUGCCGAGGACCGGGGCACGCGCCGUGCUGCUGGUCCAUGGACUGCUCGGAUCAUCGCUCGGCUGGGUAUGCCUUGGGCCCGAAAAGAGUUUGGCUUUUCAGCUGCACCAGCUCCAGUACGACGUGUGGCUGGCGAAUCUGCGCGGCGCGUACCCUUACGGGCGCCAUCACCUCGAGCUGACCGAUGUCAUGGACGAUUUUUGGAGCUUCAGCUUCCACGAGCAUGGCGCCUACGACCUGCCCGCCAUAAUUGACCACAUGGCGGAGGUCACAGGCAGCGAGCAGCAGUCCGGAGGAGCGGACAAAGAGGAGCCACCGCGACAAGUGCUGCUAAUUGGACACUCGCAGGCCUUCAAUGCUUUUCUGGUGCUCUGCUCGAUGCAUCCGCGUUUCAAUCAACGCAUCCAGCUCAUGCAGGCGAUGGCACCCCUCUCUCGACUGCAUCGAAAGGUGCGCUUCGACUCCGCACAGGUGCGCAGCCUCAUGAAGUUUGUCAAGAAACGCCAAAAGUUAAACAAGUUUGAAAUUUUUCCACCGGGAUACUUUCGAAAAAUAUGUCAGAGCAAACAUGAUCAGUGCGAAUAUUAUACCAAACAGCUGGCAGGAAGCGCCCGAAGCAACAGAAAGCUACUGGAUGCCUUCAACUAUGAAUACCUGCUGCAGGGGGGCUCCGCUCGGGAGAUAAGACAUCUGCAGCAGAUAUGGAAAUCUGGAGACUUUAUCGCCUACGAUUAUGGACCGGUUCAAAACAUGAAGGUCUACAAUGGGGUGGAGGCCUUGCGAUACAAUCUCAGCAAGAUCAGUGUGCCGACUAUAUUGUACUUCGGGGAAACCGAUGCAAUAGCCACACCGGAAGGAGUGCACGGCAUCUACGCCCGAAUGAUGAACUCCGUGAGGAGCGUAAAAAGAAUCGAGUCUCCGAAAUUCAAUCACUUUGACUUCCUUAUCUCUGGCGAGGUCAAGUCUCUGGUCAACGACAAGUUAAUCGAGCUAAUGGAAAAGUUUCUCGAGGGUAAACUACCAUACAUAAUUGAAUAACGAACAGUUAACCGUCAGUCAUCAAAGGCGUUCAUUGAGUCCCAUCAAUAUGUACGAAUGACAAAAAUAAUUAUCCAGCGAAGUGAUUUAUUUGUCUUGGCAACCAUCCCAAAUGCCAAUUAUGUAAUGCUGCUGCUGCCUGGCCUGGCAGCACAUAAAAAGCCAAAUAAAUGUAUAAUAUCAAAAGGCAAAAGCGACCACUGGUCGACACUCUUAC